AUUGUGGGUGCGGGGAGUGGAAUUUUGGAACGAAAUGUAGCAAAGAGAAGUACAGUAGUAAGAGUAACAUCGCAGCCGCCGGCGGCCGAGGGGGCGCGCCGGGGAGGCACGCCGCACCCCUUCCCGCCGCGGGGACCCCGGAUCCGAACCCUCCCAGGAGUGGAGGCGCCCGAGGGCCCGCCCCGGCCCCGUCCACCUUCCCCCCAGGAAGCCCGGCUCUAUGGGGCGGGACCCGGGGAAAGACUGAGCAGCACCCAGCCAGCCCCGAACCCCCGAAUCGCAAGCCGGGGAGCCCCAGGAGCACCCAUCCCGUGGGUGCGCCGCCCGCCCGCCCACCAACCAUGAGUGAGACGGUCAUAUGCUCCAGCCGGGCCACUGUGAUGCUCUACGAUGACAGCAACAAGCGCUGGCUGCCAGCAGGCACCGGUGCUCAGGCCUUCAGCCGCGUCCAGAUCUACCACAACCCCGUGGCCAACUCCUUCCGCGUGGUGGGCCGCAAGAUGCAGCCGGACCAGCAGGUGGUCAUCAACUGUGCCAUCGUCCGGGGGGUCAAGUACAACCAGGCCACCCCCAACUUCCACCAGUGGCGGGAUGCCCGCCAGGUCUGGGGGCUCAACUUUGGCAGCAAGGAGGACGCGGCCCAGUUUGCCGCUGGAAUGGCCAGUGCCCUCGAGGCAUUGGAAGGUGGGCCCCCACCCCCUGCAGCGCCUCCCACCUGGUCGGUGCAGAACGGCCCCUCCCCGGAGGAGUUAGAGCAGCAGAAAAGGCCGCAGCCGGAGUUCGAGAGGGAACGCAGGGUGUCCAAUGCAGGAGCCCCGCCUGCCCCCCCAGCUGGGGGCCCACCCCCGCCCCCAGGGCCACCUCCGCCUCCUGGGCCCCCCCCACCCCCUGGCCUGCCCCCCUCGGGGGUCUCUGCUGGGGGCCCCGGAGCCGGGGGAGGCCCACCGCCCGCGCCCCCCCUCCCCACCGCGCCAGGCCCCAGUGGCGGGGGCGCCGGGGCUUCGGGACUGGCUGCUGCCAUCGCCGGUGCCAAACUCAGGAAAGUCAGCAAGCAGGAGGAGGCCUCAGGGGGGCCUGCGGCCCCCAAGGCUGAGAGCCGCAGCACGGGCGGGGGGCUGAUGGAAGAGAUGAACGCCAUGCUGGCACGCAGAAGGAAAGCCACACAAGUUGGGGAGAAGCCCCCCAAGGAUGAAUCUGCCAGCCAGGAGGAGCCAGAGACCAGAGUCCCAGUCCACAGUGAAUCUGUGCGGAGACCCUGGGAGAAGAACAGUACAACCUUGCCAAGGAUGAAGUCGUCGUCGUCUGUGAUCACUUCCGAGGCCCAUCCCUCCACACCCAGCUCCAGUGAUGAAUCUGACCUGGAGAGGGUGAAGCAGGAGCUUCUGGAAGAGGUGAGGAAGGAAUUACAGAAAGUGAAAGAAGAGAUCAUUGAAGCCUUUGUCCAGGAGCUGAGGAAGCGGGGUUCCCCCUGACUACGGGGCCCCCCUGGAAGACGGCCUGUCUCCUUUCUGCACCCUGCCUGUCACCCUGCUUUCCCUGCCUCAACUUGACAUGGAAUUGGCUGAAGACUACACAGGAAUGCGUCCUCCCCUCCCACUCCCCUUUCCACUUGGAAAACUCCAAGGGUCGUGGCUUCUAGGGGCCCGUGCCUACACCUGUACUGGCUGCUGACUGGCUGGGGAGGCCCCCUCUCUGUGCUCACUUGGGUCCUCCUCCUCUGCCGUCCCCUUGGGGCUGGUUCCCUCUGCUGGGGAUGUACCAAUGUAACCCCACAGUGAGGGGGAAGGAAAGGGAAUGUCACAUUCCCUUGUUCUAGAUUCACUUUAACGCUUAAUGCCUUUAGAAAAAAUUUUUUAAAGAAAAAAAUAUAUAUAUAUAUUUGGGCUUUGGGGAGGGGGUCGGAGGGAAGGGAAAUUUUUUUUCCUCUUUGGUUUUUUUGAUAAAAAUGGGCUGUGGGAAUUUUUAACCGCUGGCACCCCAGGCUUGACCCCUUUGGAGCAGCUCUUUAUGUGGGGCUGUCCCUCCCCAGACUAGGUUGUCAGAAUCUUCCUGACCUCUGGCUCCUUUCCCUUUUCUAUGAGGAAUUAAGAUGCUGUAACUUUUUGGAACCUCAGUUUUUGUUGUUGUUGUUGUUGUUUUUUUAUUUUGGUAGGUUUCGAGGUCCAGACCAUUUUCACCCCCUGGGGAAAGUGAUAAGCGGGAGAAAAGAAACCCCCUCUCCCACCUUCACCAUGAGCUUCGAAAAUGGACCUCUGCGGAAUAAAUCUGCCAGUUUAUAUAAA